AUGGCGCGGCGCGGCGCAGUGAAGGAGUCCACAGAGACGGUGCAUGACGAUGGGGCUGCGACACCAACGUUGAUUUCACCACCUGAAUCGAAGACGCCGCCAACCGCCACGCACAAGCGCAACCAGAGCCUUAGUCGCAACUCAGAGCUAGUAGAUGCAUCGGCGCUGUCAAAAGCCUUGAAGGAAUUUGAGCAGGCUGGCAAGGCUCGAGAGCGAACGCCGAUUGCGAGUCCCAGCCGCAAGAGGCCGCGGAUACAGGGCGACAGAUUCAUCCCCAAUCGUGCAGGUCAAGAUUUACAGGCCAGCUUCAAUUUGCUGCACGACGAUGCCUCACCGGCGACACCAUCAAAGUCGAAGCGAACACCACACAACGAGCUGCACUUCCAGAAGACUGAGGAAGCCAAUCGGACGUACUCCGCAGUUUUGCGCCAGGAAAUGUUCGAGGACUCGGUACCACAAGUUCUUUCACAGCGCUUGUCUCCCACAGACAGUGGUACCAUGCGGUCUGGUGGAAGGUCACAUACUCCACCAACGAGAACGACGAGUUCACUACCUCCACCGAGCGGCACUCCCUCGACUCCCCACAAGAACCUCUUCUCCUAUUCGGGGCAGCCAACACCUUCGAGAACUCCAUCGAGUCGGCAUGGUGUGCUGAAUCUGAAUGCGCGUGCAGAUAUUUACAGUCUAUCACCUAUUAAAUACAGCAGUCAACGCAUGCUGCUCAGCCCACAACGAGCGCCUCGAGCUGUAUCCAAGGUCCCUUACAAGGUCCUUGAUGCGCCAGAUCUAGCCGACGACUUCUAUCUCAAUCUCGUCGAUUGGGGGAGUCAAAAUACUCUGGGUGUCGGUCUUGGAUCCUGUGUUUACAUGUGGAAUUCGAGUAGUGGGCGUGUCACGAAGCUCUGCGAACUCCAGGACGAUUCUGUUACCAGCGUCAAUUGGAUACAGCGUGGUUCACAUAUCGCGAUCGGCACAAAUAAAGGCCAGGUACAGAUUUGGGACGCGCAUACUCAGCGCCGUCUGCGAACGAUGAUGGGUCAUACAGCUCGAGUCGGCGCCCUUGCGUGGAACGAGCACAUCCUCACCUCUGGUUCAAGAGAUCGCAUUAUUUACCACCGCGACGUACGGCAGCCAGAUCAGUGGCUACGGAAACUGGUCGGGCACAAGCAGGAGGUUUGUGGGCUAAAGUGGAAUCACGAAGAUCAACAGCUGGCGUCCGGGGGUAAUGACAACAAGCUGAUGGUCUGGGACAAGCUGAAUGCUGAGCCCACGUACAAGUUCAGUGAACACCAGGCUGCUGUUAAGGCCAUUGCUUGGAGUCCCCAUCAACGUGGUCUUUUGGCUAGCGGUGGUGGCACAGCGGAUCGAACUAUCAAAUUCUGGAACACGUUAAUCUCGUCAAACGGCCCCUCAGCUGCUUCCCUUGCUACAGCUUCGGCAGCAGCGUCCGCCUCGAGCUCUGCCAAUGUCCAGACUUCACCAGCAGCACCUGCGAAUCUUUUACAGAGUCUGGACACGGGUAGUCAGGUCUGCAAUCUCGCUUGGUCGAAGAACAGCAACGAGAUUGUCUCGACACACGGCUACAGCCAGAACCAAAUCAUCGUCUGGAAGUACCCGAGCAUGCAGCAAGUCGUGUCAUUGACUGGGCACACAUAUCGUGUGCUAUAUCUUGCAAUGAGUCCAGAUGGUCAGGUGAUAGUCACGGGCGCAGGUGACGAGACGCUUCGAUUCUGGAACGCUUUCAAGAAGAAGGAGCGCACAGGAGGGCUCAGCAGUAUGGACAGCUGGGGCGUUAUCAGGUGA